GAUAAUUUUAAACAGAAAACCAACUCAGUUUUUCAUUUAACAGGAUUCUUCUUAUUUGAGGUUACUGUUUGUUUACCUGCUUGGGGUGGCACAGCUUAACUGCUGCGCUGGACCUGCUGCGGAAAACACAGGGCCGGAGGAGGGUCACCAGGAGGAGACGGGCUGCUGCCAGGUCGAGCAAGAAGCUUGAAAACAGGCUUCGCGGAGUGAUGAAGACGGCCAGGCGUGCCAGCAAUGUGGAGGUACCCUCCUUCCUCCGCCAGCUAGUCAAAGAGACGGAGAAGAUGGUCACCUUCUUUUUCAAAGGGGGGCCCAGGGAAACUGGAUCUGAGGAGGAAGACAGUUUUGAUGACGACGACUCGAUGCCGAGCCCAUAUCUGGAUCGUCCCAUCUUGGAGAAACAUGUGUCAGAGGGGGAAUCUCAGUCAGGGAUGAGCUACGCUGUGGCGAGCAUGCAGGGCUGGAGGGCUCAGAUGGAGGACGCCCACACCUGCAUGCCCCAGCUGACAGGAGACCUGAAGGAUUGGGGGUACUUUGCUGUUUUUGAUGGACAUGCAGGCACCACUGUGGCACAGUACUGCUCCAGAAACCUGCUGGAGCACAUCCUGGCAACAGGUGGAGUCACAGCAAACGAGGACCCCGAGCAGGUGAAGGAGGGGAUCCGUGAAGGCUUCCUGGACAUUGACACCCACAUGCACAAACUGGCUCGCCAGGACAACUGGGACCGCAGUGGCUCCACUGCAGCGGCCGUUAUGAUUUCACCACGCUACAUUUACUUUGUCAACUGCGGGGACUCCCGCACCCUACUCUGCCAUAACGGCCAGGUGGUCUUCUACACAGAGGACCACAAGCCAUUCAACCCCAGAGAAAAGGAGCGCAUCCAGAACGCUGGGGGCUCGGUGACCCUGCAGAGAGUCAACGGCUCACUGGCAGUUUCCAGAGCACUGGGGGACUUUGACUUCAAGGAGGUGGACUGGAGGCCGCAGACUGAGCAGCUAGUGUCGCCGGAGCCAGAAGUGUACGAGAUGGAGAGGACCCCCGAAGACGAGUUCCUAAUUCUAGCAUGUGACGGUGUGUGGGACGCCAUUGGUAAUGAGGAACUGUGCGCCUUUGUGCGAAGUCGUCUGCAGGUGUGCGAUGACCUGAGGGAGAUUUGCACGCAAGUCAUUGACCUGUGUCUUUAUAAGGGCAGCUUGGACAACAUGAGCAUCAUCAUCGUCUGCUUCCCCGGCGCCCCCCAGGUGUCACAGGAGGCACUGCAGCAGGAGGCAGAGCUGGAGCAACAGAUUGACAUCAAAGUGGAAGAAAUAAUCCAGAUGAUGAGGUCCAGAGAUGAAGACCCUGACCUUUUGUACGUGAUCAAAUUCCUGGCUGCAGAGGAGAUGCCUGGGCUCCCACCAGGAGGAGGCAUCACCAGCAAGAGAGACUGUAUCAUCUCUGCAUAUCAGAAACACAUCAUGACUAUCAGAUCUCAGGAGCCAAUGGACAUUGAAGGAUCGGAGGAGGACUCAAACUAAAGCCGUUACCAUGGAAACACAAUCUUCACCAGCUGCACCAUCUUCAUGGAGACUAGCUGAAACAGACACUUUACAAUUUAGAUGAGAACUAAAUUAACUAUUUGUCAUGUAAUACCUUCUCUUUGACAGUUUGCU